CAAAAAUGGUGACUAUUUUGAGGUUAGAAAUUUGGGUGUAGUAAUUUUGUAAGAAUUGUCCAUUUACUUUGACACCGUUCGGAUAUGCAAUUUCAAAUUAUUACUUCUAAUUAAACCAAUUAUUGAUAUCACACUCCCAUAGGGAUUCAUAAUGUUCGAAGUUGAUGGCUCUGCUCCCGUUAAGCUUGAAGUAAAAGUAGAACCAGAGAUAAAGUCCUAUUUGGAGAGCAACACCGAGGCAUCGGUAAAAGACGAACCGAAAGAGGCUAUCCUCGGUGGAGGACUUUUCCACCGCGUAGAUCUGCCACAACACGAUUUCGGCUCAACUCCUGAACCUGGAAGUUCAGAAGAAUUUAAGUAUGAGCCUAAAUACCACCAUACAUGUGAAGACAGUCAAAAUUUUAAAUGUGACGUUUGCAAUUAUGCAACAGAUAACAACCACCAACUUAAAUUCCACCAUUUAACUCAUGAAAUUUCUGAAGAGUUUCAAUGUGACCAUUGUGAUUAUGCUACGGACAAUGAAAGAUAUUUGAACCAACAUCUCAAAGUACAUACGAUUAUCAAACGCUUUACGUGUGAUAAUUGUAACUAUAGAACGAACAUUAAAUGUAAUUUUAAACGUCACCUUCUAAAACACAAAGAUUUUAAAUGUGACAGUUGUGGUUUUUCUUCUAAUAUUGAAGCUGCAUUUAAACAACAUCUAUUAACACACAGCAAUUUAAAAUGUGAUCAUUGUGAAUAUACAACAAAUACUAAACGGCUACUUAAAUACCACAGUUUAUCUCACAAAGUUGCUAAAGAAUUCAAAUGCAACGUUUGUGGUUAUGCAACACAUUAUAAAUCCAGUUUGAACUUGCAUCUCUUGAGACACAUAGCUUCAAAAGGUGAUUUCAAGUGUUACAAUUGCGAUUACGUAACAAAUAUUAAAAACAAUCUUAAAUCACAUCUUUUGAGUCAUAGAGUCGCAAAAGGUUACAAGUGUAACAUUUGUGAAUAUAGAACAAAUUACAAAUCCAGCUUGAACCUCCACCUCUUAAGGCAUAAAAAUGUUUCAAAAGAUUUUAAAUGUUACAAUUGCGAUUAUAUAACAAAUAUUAAAUGCAAUCUAAAAUCACAUCUUUUGACCCAUAAGAUUUCAAAAGGUUACAAAUGUAACAUUUGUGAGUAUAGAACGCAUUAUAAGUCCAGUUUGAACCUCCAUCUGUUACGACACGAGCAUUCGAAAGACGAUUUUAAAUGCGCUAAUUGUGAUUAUUCGACAAAUAUUAAACGCCAGCUUAAAUCCCACCUUUUAACUCACAAAAUUGUUAAAGAUUUUAAAUGUGAUCUUUGCAAUUAUGCCACAAAUCACAAAAGUGCGUUUAACCGGCACCAUUUAAUCCAUAAAUAUUGGUAACGUAUUACCAUAUUUAGCUGUCACAUUUGGAAUUGGAUGUUCAGUGUACGUACUUAAGAGGGGGAAUUUAUAGUAUUAGCAAUCCAACUCUGUACACAUAUAUGUCAACGCUUUUCUGAUAAAUUAUAAAA